UGUUUUUAUUCAAUCAUUUGUUUGUCACUAAAAAAAGUUUAAAAAAUUGUAGAAAUUAUUAGAUUAACUGUUGGAUGAAAUUAAAGGUAUUAUCAUUAGAGGUGAUCAUUAAAGACACUGUUGAAGACAAUGGAGAGAAUCCAUAGACCGGACAGUAGGCCAUGGAUUUUGGCCGGAAGUGUCAAAAUUAAUGAAUUGAUCGAAACGUGGGCUCAAAAUCAAGUCAUGUCUGAAUUAAAUAUCAAUGAACACAAUCUCAAGGAUUUUGUUAAAAGUGAGCUUCAAAUCGAUGACCAAAUGAUGAUACUCUUGGAGAAAGACUCAGAUGUAUCUAAUCUCGAUUGUGAAGGCGAUGAUGAAGAGCUUUAUGUGGCCUACGAGAAGACUUUUGAAGUGCCAUCAAAUGUCAACUUAGAAACAUUACGUCUUCAGAAGCAACACAUCGAGAGGUAUGCCAUCGACCGCUGCUAUCGGACAGCAUGUCUUCAGUCAUUGCGAUAUCGCAAUCAACUGAUUAGAGUCGAUAAGAAUACACAUUCAGAUGUUGAUUCAAUCACUUCCAUUGAAAGACCGAUUGCUAUUAUAACUGUUCAAUUGUAUCGACCGAUCCGUUUCAGUACACACUUUGGUAAUACUCAUCGCUAUUCAUUUGUUUGUGAUCAAGAACUGGAAGUACUAUCAUCUCAAUGGUUGACUGAAUUGCGCGACACAUUAACCUGUGUUUCAGAUAUUUCAAAUGCCAGUGACUGUAGUCUUAAUCCAAAGGUAGCACUGACUCAAACGGCAGCCGAUGUUUACAAAUCCGGUCUCUUCUUUAUUAACAAUACUUUCUAUAAUGAUAUGAGAAAUCGAUUCAAUAGGGAUUAUAGCGAACCAAUUAUAGAGUGGGCGAAGAAUCAGGAGAGAGGUAUCGGCACGUUUGAGAAGAAGCUUAUGGAAGAAACAAAAUUGAGUGAUUUAGAGAUCCAAUUGGGUUAUCCAUACCUAUACCAACAUCAGGGCGAUUGUGAACACAUUCUAGUCUUUAGUGAUAUUCGUCUAUUAAAGCCGUGCGUCGAUAGCAUGGAUCCAAAGGAUUACCCGAAGAUAGUGAGCACAAAUCGUCGAACACAAGUACGGUGUGGUAUCUGUAAUCUAAAUACUGCCAAAUGGAUUACUUUUGAUAAUCAGCGACUUCCAGAAAAUCCAUUCUUUUUCUGUGAGACCUGUUUCUACUCAUUCAACUACGACAACAACGACAUGAAAGUUAAUCCUUUCAAAGCUUAUCCAUAUCUCGAUAAGUCAGCACUACUUUAACUUGAAAACCAUUGCAAUCAUUAAACCGGUUAGACGUUAAAUAUUGCAUAAAAACACUUUUCCAUUAUUAGUAACAAAUAAGUAUAUUAAUACCAAACGUAAUAUUUAAAUAACUAAUUUUUAUUACAUUUAAAUCUUUUGAAAAUUAAACUCAAUUUUUAUAAUACAGUAUAAAAUACCGGUAGUAUUUCGUUGACUUUACGAUUCAAUUACCGGUAUACAAUUGUUACGGUAAUUACCGGUAAUAA